AUGCCCCCUACCUCCUCCCCAUCUGCCUCCUCCACCACCUCAUCUCCCUCCUCCGACUCGCAAGUGCCCCAAGCUGUCUUGCCGCCAGAUGUCUCUAUCAUCCAGAUAGUGAACAUCUGCACUCAUGUCCUGGUGACUCUGGACCUUACAGAGUUCAACUACACCCAGUGGCACAUCAUCUUUGAAUCGGUCUUCAGGAAGUUUGGGCUCGCGACGAUAUCUCAUGAGAUCCUCAACAUCAUCUUGCAGCCGAAAUUGAUGGCACUAAAGAUUUGGACCAGGAUUGAGGGGCUAUUCCUUGACAACCAGCUCAACCGCACCGUGUAUCUGGAGGCCGCGUACCAAAAUCUCUAUCAAGGUGAGCUGACCAUUACCCAGUACUGCAGCAAGCUCAAGAUGCUUGCCGACAGCCUGCGUGAUGUCGGCCACCCCAUCAGCCAGCCAAGCCAAAUCUUGAACAUGUUUCGCAUCCUGUACUCCAAGUACCGGUUCACGGUCACCGUGCUCAGCUCCAAAACGCCAUUCCCCACGUUCAUGGAGACCCGCUCAUGA